CACACAGCUGGAGAGCUCUGGUAUGGGAAAUUAUGAGAUACAAAGUCAAAAUUAUGAGUUGGAAAGGUCAAUUAUGAGCAACAAGGGAACAUGAUGGAACAGGUGCAGCACUCUGGGCUGAUGGUUGUCAGUGUGUGGAGCUGACACGCUAAUGAUUUAGAGGGUUUGGUCCCAAUGAUCGCCUCAUUUCCCCAGUCAAACUCAUCUCCUUGUCUUACACACACACAGCUGGAGAGCCCUGCAGGUCACGUGACAGAGGUGUGCAUGUUUCUGUGUGUGGGUGGGUGUUUUGGCUGUCAGGGUCACACCUGUCGGGCGGUGCCGUUAGUGAGAUGUCAGUCAGUCAGUCAGUCAGUCAGUCUCACCUCUCUCCAGCCGCUGAGAUCCUUCAUUCGGGACCGGGGGUGACAAUGGCUCAGAGUUAAUGCGCCAUGGCGGCUCAGAGGACUUACGAGGCUGACCGGAGAAGGGAGUUACAUGAAGUAAUGUGCAACAAGUCUGGAGCUGAACUUCUCAGCUGUUUGAAGCAGACAGGAGGAAUUAAAAGCAGCUCCCUUGAGUGAGGAGCAACGUCCCCUCUCCUCUUCUGAAGCUGCUUGCUGUUGAGUACCUGGCGCCAUGGCUCUGUCCCAGAUACAGUGCCUUGACGAUAACCACGUGAACCCGCGGACGAACGAGUCCAAGCCGGACUUCUUAUACUGUGAGGACCAGCGGCUCGCGCUGGAGGCUUUCCUCCAGGAUGGCCGCGAGGCGUUCUUCAAGUUCCUGGAGGCUCGCGGCAUGCGGGGCUUCCUCUCGGACCCGGAGCUGGAGACUUUCUCCGCCACGAUGGAGCCCUACGACCCGGGCUCGGAGCUCUUCCCGGAGGACGCGGAGGAGGACGAGCCCCCGCUGUCGCUGCACUACUGGCCCGAGCUGUCGGACGUGUCGGUCCCGGAGAUGGACCUGGGCUGGCCGGACAGCGAGGGCUACCGCGGGGUGACGCGCGCCACCAUCUACACGCAGCCGCCGCUGGAUGGUCAGGCGCACAUCAAGGAGGUGGUCAGGAAGAUGAUCGCGCAGGCGCAAAAGGUUAUAGGAGUGGUGAUGGACGUCUUCACCGAUGUGGAUAUCUUUAGAGAUUUGCUGGACGCUGGUUUCAGGAGGAAGGUUUCUGUCUACAUCCUGCUGGAACACAUGAUGCUACCUCAUUUCCUGUCCAUGUGUCGGAGGGCCAACAUGCACGCCGGACACCUCAAGCACCUCCGUGUCCGCUGCACAGAAGGUUCGGUGUUCCACACCCGGUCCUCCACCAUGGUUAAAGGGCGAAUGGGGCACAGAUUCAUGUUUAUCGACGGAGACAAAGCUGCUUCUGGGACUUACAGUUUCACUUGGAUGUCAUCGCGGCUGGACAAAAAUCUCAUCACCGUGGUUACAGGCCAAGCAGUGGACGCCUUCGAUAAGCUCUUUCGCACCCUCUAUGGGACCUCCAGCUCGGUUGAUCUCCGGCAGGUCGCCAAGGAGCCUGAACCGGAACCGGAGCCCCUCCCUCAACCCGCCUCAGUGGCCCCUCCUUCUGCUGCUGUCGCCAGGAAGCUAUACAACCCCAAAUAUGCCUUGGCUUUAGGCAACCCCAGCCCGACCCCGUCUGCUGGUGACAACAGCCCCAAAAAGACCCCAAGUCCAGAGAACUCUAGGAGCCCAGAUGUCCCUGAUAACAAGAAGGGGAGGCGAAGGAGGAGGAGGGCUAGUAAAGAAGCAGUGCAGGAGCCUCCUCCAAUCCAUCCUGGACUCAUUGAUCUAGAGAAGGCAUCCUUGAUAUCCUAUCUGCCCACCUGGCCAGAGCCUGACCCAUCCAAGGACGUGAUCGGGUUCAUUAACAUUCGGGAUGCCAACAGACCAACUCAGGUCCAUCUACAGAGAUCUGAGAUGUUUGGAACCAGCCAAGCGAUCAAGUUCAGCAGUCCAUUCAGCAAGCCCGAGGAAACCCUGCCAGAGGUUGCCAGACCCCGACAGCUUACUGCCAAGCCAGGGGAGAUAAAUAAAGUCCAGCUACCACAGGACAAAACCAAGGCUCAGCCAACACACCUCAGAGCACAAACUGGCUUCAUCAAAAGUAAAGCAGAGGCAUCCGAGCAGAACGCUCCUGCAUCCAGACCAAAGUGGGACACUGCUAAGACUCUCAACAAUGAGGGUAAACUGCAUUCAAACACACCCCCUGAUCAAGAUGCAGGUCAGAACACCACACCUCACCUCAAUGCACACACUCCUCCCAAAUUCAGCGGCAAAGCAUCACCUCCUAUCACAGGAACGCCUUCACAAACCACAAACGAUCCGGAGCCCGACUCCCUCCCCGGAUCGAACGCAAAGACGAAUCAGACUCAUGCUGUUGUGUACAGGAGAGAUACCACUCUAAGCUCACACCUGCGUGACUCGAACACAGUAGAACACACACAGACAAAGGCACAUACAGAUUCACCCACGGCUGCUGCUGCUCACGCGCAGCCACAAAAUUCAGCUGAAAUAACCCCUAACGUCCAGUCUCCCACUGUGUCCCCCUCCUCUACCUCUGCCUACCUCUCUCAGUCUGUCACUUCCGCCUCCCUUUCUGUAAAUAGCCCCGUCUCCAUCACCACAAGCACGACUACCAGUGCAGGUGCCCCCUCGUCCUCCAUCAGCCCUCCUCCUACCUCUACACCGCUCACCUCUCCCCUCCCUUCUUCCUCUCCAGCUCCCCCCGUCCCUAAACCUCGUACCAUCCAGCUGCUUAUCAAAGAGAGCGGCAGUGGCGAGAAGCUGCCAGAAUUGAGUGUCAUCAGGGCACUUGAGACCAGCACAGGGCCGCAAGCGGUCCGUGAUGAGCCCGCUGUAGAAAAGAAAAAAGGGCCUGACACUGUUCCAGAACUGCAGAAUGACAGUGGAAGCGGAGCAGGCGCACAAAAGGAUGCAGAGAAUGCAGGACAUAUUAGAGACGCUCCACAGCACAAACAGGGUGGGACUGCACAAGAUGAUACAAAGAAUAACAAAGCAGUCAGACGGCUCGAUGACAGAGCAGGAAUGCAGUCGCUCGCUGGGACCAACCGAGAGACUCAGUCAGAUGUUUUGAUUAGUGGUGUGCCAAAGGCAGAGUGUGUGAAUAUUCGAGAAAUAAUUCCAAAAGAUGUUGUGCCCGAGACUUUGACAUCACUGACAGACUGCAAAGUAACCCCACAGAAAGACUGUGAAGAGGCUGGGGCUGGGGCCAAGGGCACAGAGAGAGCCGUGACAGACUGCAAGUUUGCCGAAGUGCCAAAUGAAACCAGUAAGAAUGUGACACAGCGCAAAACAUUGUGUACAAGUGCACCUGAACUUCAGACAAUAUCAUAUGGUGGACUGACUCCAGAGGCGAAAGGGGUUUUAGACAUUUUGGACUCUUUAAAAGCACAAAAACACACUCCUCGUCCUGCCGCACACAACCAACACGUAUCCAAAGGCAGUGCUGGUGAUAGCGCACAGACAUCUCCUGCAGACGCACACGUCGAGCAAGGUAGUUUGACAAAUACUGUAAAGCAUAACCUACAAAGCCCCUCUCAGGAACUCAUUACCAAAUCACGGGGAAGCACACGCACACCUGAAAAAUCCCUGCGCUUAUAUCUCUCUGACGUUCACCCGCCGGACUUGCCUUCACAGACGCCCGAGCGAGAAGCGUCGCUGCUCGCAGCUGUCGCACGCACGCCGACUCUAGACGGAACUCUUCCAAGCUCGCCCUCUCCGGACUCACGAACGCACACACCCGAUCCACGCUCGUUCACUCCGGACAUUCGAACGCCCACGCCCGACGGGUACGUCACACCAAGACCGGACUCUGCUCUCUCCGCGGCCUCCGACGAGUAUUACGAAUGUAGCAGCUCUCCUCUCCACGAGACCGUUGGUGACCGAGCGGCUCACCGCAACCACAGCGCGGCAGAGGAUCGCGUCAGCUCCACGCACACAAAUUCUCCUAAUGCCACGACCGUUGCCACUGGUCCUGCAUGCAUAAAUCAUUCUGCUACAUUAGAAUCUACAGACAGAGAUAGCUCUAACAGUGGAUCACAGAGUUUGUCUGGGCCUGCGAGCGUCUCCUCUGUGUCUUCGUUACACGAGGAGAGAGUGACAGUGAGGAAGGAGGGAAAGACAAAUGAAGAAAACGCAAGAGAGGUGGAUCCAAAGGGAAGCGUGACAGAGAGGAGGACAGAAGGAGAUUGCCAGGAGACACAGAGGAGAGGCAGAGAUGAAGCCAAGAGACCAGCAGACCAUUUCAAACAGGGAAAAGACUUGACAGAGACAGUGGGAAAAAACGAGGAGGCCCAACCCCAAGUCCUCAAGCGAAAGAACGCGCCCAACCAAGUGACCCUAAGACAGCCAAGCACUGAGGGAGCAGAGCGAAAGCGAUUGUCCGCAGGUGACCUCACAGGGAAGAGGCUCUCCGCAGAUGGGGAGGGACCGGACAAAGAGACGGCAGUGGACAGGGCGGUGACUAGACCCAGCUGCGCAGCGAGGAAAAGCUCACCAAAGUCGAGCGGAGAAACCGAGGGACAGAAGCGUUUGCAUACUCCUCCCAGACCUUCACGAGGACAGCAGCCAGGUAGUGCAGGGACCUCCCCUUCCCGACCAUCCAGACCCCCUCGACCCCUCUCAGGCAACCCAGGGCUGGGGCCUCGUCCCUGGGUAGGCCGUCAGCCGAACCAGGCAGACAGCAAGGCGCUCAGCAAUAGUAACCCACUCUUGGAUGACACCUCUCCUGGCAGAGCGCCGUCCAGGCUGCCCCCUCCGGCGGCAGCGGUUGCUGCCGGGCCGGCACCUUGGCGAAAGAAGGCCGAGGUCUCCCACGGCCAGCAGAGCCUCCUCACUCGGCAGUCUCUGGCGGCGCAGGGCAGGCCGAGAGCUGGACAGUCGCCGAAUCGACAGUCUUACCCAAGACCGCAGGCCUCGUUUCUCCACUCACACUCCAACGCACUGCUUAAUCCUCACUCCUCCCAGAACCAAACGGUCUCGCCACAGGAGGAGCUUUCCCAGGAAGAGGGGAAGGCGUCGUUUGGCUUCACUUUUAGCCGGUUGUACAGCCUUAAGGGCCUGAAGGACAAGAUGAGCAAGCUGCCAGCUCAGAGAAGCAGCACCAGCUCUGCGGUUCAGUCACGUAAGAGCACAAGCUAGUCUGGCAAGUUGAAAUACAGUCAGUUCAGAACCAAGACUUGGUUCUGAAGCAUCUGUUCAACACCUUGCUGACAGUUUUAGUGGAUAUCUGAAUGGAGGAGGUGGUUUAAGUAGAUUUCCACAUGACAGCCUUUCAACCUGAGAGCAUGUAAUGUUGCUCUUAACUGGAGCACACAGAGUGUGACUGGAUAAGUGUUUUCCCUUUUCUCUUGGCUUCUCAUCUCCAGACAGGAGUCUUCCUCAUAUCGCAGAAUGCCAAGGCCUUUUCAUGUUCAGAAACGCUGCUGCCCGCUUUUUUCCCAUUCAGGAGGUCAUGACAUCGGAUGCUGUCAAUGGUCUGGACACCUGGAGUUGAACACUAGCUGCUGCUUUUAAAUUAUUACAUGGUGUAGUACUUUGGUUUCGAAUGGUUUUAUUAAGAUUAAAUGAAAGUUUUUUCAUUUCUCUAGGGUUUAUUUGUGUUUUGGUUUUUUUUGGUGUUGAGGAAAAGUAAUCAAAGAAAUCAAGUUACAUAAUUUAGUAUUGUGAUACUUACAUUGCAUUACUAGCUACAUUUAUAACAGGUAAUAAGUAACUGUACUGGAAUACCCUCCCAACCUUGUGGCUAACGCACAAUUAGAUUAUUCGUAUGGCCGGUGAAAAUGGACACCUAGAGGAUAUAAAGAAUAUAUGAACCCAGAGGUUGAGUGGUACCUAUUGCUAAAUUCCUAAAGCUGCCACUUCCCUUUAAAUGUAUGUUUGUAAACCACUGGAAAUAACUUCAGUUUUUUUCUUCCAAAAUUUGUUUUCACUUUUUUUCUCUUUUAUAUGUGGGGCAACUUGUUUACUUCCAAUAAUAUGACAUGUCCGGUUGCUGCCAUGUGAAUGCGAGUUCAGGAGAAUUCAUCUGUAUCAGUGACUGGGAUUCAUUUCCUUGAAAAUUGACAUUUAAAACUGGUACUAUUGCUACAUGCUUGUGUCAAUCUGAGGGCUUUUUAUAUCCAUAAAAGUAGUUUAUUUAGAGUUGUACUGUAUUUUGUACAGUUCUGCGAGCAGACAGAUAAGUGGCUGACCCCAUGACAGGUGAACUGUAAGAAAUGUGUAUGUAUCAUAUUGUGUUGUGGGAGCGUUUGUCUCACAUUUGUAUUAUAACAAGCCGAGUGUUUCCACAGAAAGUGCCUUUAAUACAAAUUUGACUGCUUAAACUGUU